AUGGGGCGACGUCGAGAUGACGAUCAUUCGCGUAACAGAAAACGUCGGUCGCGAUCUCGUUCCCGCUCUCGUUCUCCUGUUCUUCCUAGGAGGGCAUUUUCAUCUACUUUAGAAGGGUCUCUACCUUUAGCUGCUUCGUUGCCAACAUCUUCAUUAAUGGGUUCGUUACUAGCUGCUCAGGCAAAAGCAGCUGAAGAAGCGGCUGCCAAAGCCAAGGCAGAAACGUCUAAACCUGCAGUUGGUACUAUGACUGCUAUUGCGAAUGCAGCAGCUGAUAUGAUCAAAGCUGCUCGUAAUUCUGGUCAAGGUAUCGCAGGUAUGGAGGGUGCUCUUGUCAUUACUCCGAAUAUGGACAAAGAUAUUGAACAGCGUCGUCUUGAUCUUGAAAUGCAAAAGAGACGAGAACGAGUAGAAAGGUGGCGACGAGAGAGAAGGCUCAAACAAGAUAUUCUUGCAGCACAACAGAGACUUGCAGAGAGCACCAGAGGAACUACUAUUAAUAAGUGGAAUCUAGAAGAUGAUGAAGACGAAGAAGAUACAAAUAAAAAGAAUGUUCAGAUGGAAAAAUCUACAGAAGAUGAUGACGUAGAUCCACUGGAUGCUUAUAUGCAGGAGUUGAAUAAUCAAGUUUCCGCUGGUCCUGAAACUACUAAAAAAGAUACUAAAAUUACUAAACAAUCUGAAAUUUCACUAAAAACUUCUAAAGAUACCGAUCACGCUUCUUCAGAUCCUUCAGUCAAACCUAAACAACAGUUAGUAAUUAAACGGAAAAGAAUUAUUGGGCGAGGUGAACUGAUGGAAAGUAACAUAGAUGAAUUAGAAUAUUCAUCUGAAGAAGAAGACACAACAAUUGAGGAUGCAUUGGCUCAGCUACAGAAAAAAGACAAACUUCAGCCUAUUGAUCAUUCCAAAAUUGAGUAUUUCCCCUUUCGCAAAAGUUUUUAUGUAGAAGUUCCAGAACUAGCAAAAAUGUCAAAGGAGGAUGUUAAAGCGUAUAGAGCUAGUUUAGAAAAUAUCCGCGUCCGUGGUAGAGAGUGCCCUAAACCCCUACGCAAUUGGGUCCAAGCAGGCAUUAGCUCUCGCCUUUUGGCUUGCCUAAAAAGGAAUAAUUUCGAUAAACCCACUCCAAUUCAGUGCCAGGCGUUACCCGUUAUAAUGUCUGGUCGCGAUAUGAUUGGUAUUGCCAAAACAGGAAGUGGGAAAACCCUAGCUUUUCUAGUACCGCUUAUGCGUCACCUGGAACAUCAAGCUCCUCUAAACCCUGGAGAUGGCCCAAUCGCCCUUCUACUGGCACCUACUCGGGAACUUGCACUACAAAUAUUUAAAGAAACAAAAAAGCUAUGUCAAGCCGCCGAUGCUCGCGCAGUUUGUGUCUAUGGUGGGACUGGUAUUAGUGAACAAAUUGCUGAACUUAAACGCGGAGCUGAAAUUAUUGUCUGUACACCUGGUCGGAUGAUCGAUAUGCUUGCUGCAAAUGGAGGGAGAGUAACCAAUUUACUUCGGUGCUCUUAUGUGGUUCUUGAUGAAGCAGAUCGUAUGUUCGAUCUAGGAUUUGAGCCUCAAGUUAUGCGAAUCAUCGAGAAUUGUCGUCCUGAUCGACAAACUUUAAUGUUUUCAGCUACAUUUCCUAGACAAAUGGAAAUCCUUGCCCGUAAAGUGCUAACGCUUCCCAUAGAAAUCCAAAUCGGUGGACGAUCGGUGGUUUGUUCAGACGUGGAGCAGCAUGCGUUCAUCUUGUCAGAAGAAGAGAAAGUUUACAAAGUUCUUGAACUUCUAGGAAUUUACCAAGAAGAGGGUAGUGUCCUUGUAUUCGUAGAAAAACAAGAGAGUGCAGAUGAGUUAAUGCGUGUUCUUUUGAAGUAUGGUUAUCCAUGUCUUUCUCUUCAUGGUGGCAUUGAUCAAUACGAUCGCGAUUCUGUUAUAAUGGAUUUUAAGCGUGGCAAUAUUCGUCUUUUAAUAGCCACAUCAGUCGCUGCUCGUGGUCUUGAUGUCACAGAUUUGCUUUUAGUUAUCAAUUAUGACUGUCCAAAUCACUAUGAGGAUUAUGUUCAUCGUUGUGGGCGUACUGGACGUGCUGGUCGCAAAGGGUUUGCCUAUACUUUUCUCACUCCCGAUCAGGAGCGCAGUGCUGGUGAUGUUGUUCGAGCAUUCAAGCAGAGUGGCCAAAAACCACCAGAGGAACUAAUGAAUAUGUGGAAUGCUUACAAGAUACGAAUGGAACAUGAAGGAAAAAAGGUAUACGGUUCUUCAGGUUUCCGUGGUAAAGGAUUCAUGUUUGAUGAAGUGGAAGCUCAGCUGAAUAGUGAAAAACGACGCCUGCAGAAAGCUGCUCUUGGUUUACAAGAUUCAGAUGACGAAGAUGGUGAUGGAAAUGUCGAUUGGGACUCGAAGAUUGAAGAUAUGUUGGCCACGAAAACAAAAAUUAAAGAUGUAUCAAAGAGUAAUGCAUCAGAAAAUGUAUCUGAAACUGUUGAAGUUAGUGCCCAAGCUGGACAAGCAGUUGUGAACGCAGCCUUAGCACUUGCUCGACAGAAGGCUGCACAGUUAGGACUCGUCAAACACUUGACUUCUGGUACUCCGACUGUUCCACAACCAAGCGCUGUUUUGAAUACCACCACAGUCAGCGACCCUAAUGCUACUAUUGCGGCUGCGGUUGCUGCUGUCACGAUACCUGUGCCUCCAGCUCCCACAAGCCGUACGUUGGCUGAACAAGCUGCCGAACGCUUAAAUGCUAAACUUGGUUACACUAAACAAACACCAGGCGCUGGUGAUGAGGAGGGUGCUGGUGCUAACACGAAUUCGGGAAGUGACAUGGUUAGAAGAUACGAAGAAGAACUAGUUAUCAAUGACUUCCCACAAAACGUCAGGUGGCGUAUCACUGGUCGCGAAAUGCUCAAUCACCUUAGUGACUAUUGUGAUGUUGGCGUGUCUGUACGAGGAGUUUAUAUGCCACCUGCCAAAGCUAAGCAACAUAUACCCGAAGGUACAGAUGACAGACCACUGUAUUUAUGUAUUGAGGCUGUCAAUGAAAGACAAGUCGCUUUGGCUAAAAAAGAAAUUAUGCGUAUUAUCAAAGAAGAAUUAGUCAAAUUGCAAUCUGGCAAUUCAAUAAAUCGCGGACGCUACAAGGUUGUUUAA